AGAGCGGAAGGGGACGGAAUAGGACAAGAGGAUGAAGAGGAUAUGGGAAAGUGUGGGAGUAUUGGGAAACUAAAAUCCCAAUCCAGAACGCAAUAAUAAAAAUCCUGAUAGCCUUUUCUUCUUUUUAGUAACUAUGAAUCAAAGGAAGCCGUACUGAUACGCUAUCCUCUUCAUUUAGAUCACUGCAAGAUUUUCUCUUCCUUCCCUGCUCCAAGGCCACACUAAUCCAUUGCAAGAACCUCACUCUUUUCCUUUUAGCUCUCUCUCUCUAUCUCUGUCUCUGCUCCACAAACAUACAUUAAAAACUCUCAGAUGCAAAGCUUCAAGCAUAUUCCUCACCCUGAAAAGUACUGCCACUCUUCCUUCUCUCUCCGAGGAGAAGAUGGUAACCGAAACCAGACACGUUUUCCGGAUCUUGGAGAUCUUGAUCAACCAGCUGCUGCUUUUCAUCACUAUGAUGCUGUUGAUUUAAGCUCAAGCUCCAUGUUCAGUUUUAAAUGGGGCAAUGUUGCUGUUUUGUCCAAUAACUUGCGAUAUGAUGCUGCCCUAAACACGAAUAUUGGGUCUGCAGCGAUAGCAACAACAGGAACAGGGUGUUUGGACACAGGGCAAUACGUAUACCACAAGGGGACAACGUUGGGUUCCUCGUUGGGAAACGGGCAUAGUAUUGACAACUGGGGGGACUCAGGGAUGGCAGAUAGCAGCCAACAGACUGACACUUCUACAGAUGUUGAUGCUGAUGAUAGAAACCAGCUUCAUGGAGUCCAGCAUGGUCCUAUUGCGGUUGUGGAUUCCAUGGAUCAAUCCAAGGCAAAAGCUGGUGAUCAAAAGACUCUUCGAAGGCUGGCUCAGAAUCGUGAGGCUGCAAGGAAGAGUCGACUUAGGAAGAAAGCUUAUGUCCAGCAGCUCGAGAAUAGUCGACUCAGGCUUACACAAUUAGAGCAAGAGCUUCAAAGUGCUCGGCAGCAGAAUAUUUUUUUGGCAAGUGGAUUUUCAGGGGACCAUGGGGCUGGAUGUGGGGUUGUUGCAUUUGACAUGGACUAUGCACGGUGGCUUGAGGAACAUCAACGGUUGAUCAGUGAUCUAAGAGCAGCUGUCAAUUCUCAUAUGGGUGAUAAUGAAUUACACCUCCUUGUUACUGGUGUAAUGGCACAUUAUGAUGACAUAUUCCGGCUAAAGAGCAUUGGCACAAAGGCUGAUGUAUUUCACAUGCUUUCAGGCAUGUGGAAGACACCUGCUGAGAGAUGUUUCAUGUGGUUGGGUGGAUUCAGAUCUUCUGAGCUUCUUAAGAUACUUGGGAACCACAUCGAACCCUUGACAGAUCAACAGUUAAUGGGCAUAUGUAAUCUGCAACAGUCCUCCCAACAGGCUGAAGAUGCCUUGUCUCAAGGAAUGGAAGCUCUGCAACAAUCCCUUGCAGACACGCUUUCAUCCAACUCACUGGGCUUUACUACUUCUGGAAAUGUGUCCGACUACAUGGGCCAAAUGGCAAUUGCAAUGGGCAAGCUUGCAACACUAGAGAACUUCCUUCACCAGGUAACAUCAUUUAGUGCUGAUCUUUUAAGGCAGCAAACUCUGCAACAAAUGCAUCGAAUUUUGACAACACGUCAGGCUGCUAGAGCCCUUCUUGUUUUCAGUGAUUACACUUCGCGACUCCGGGCACUCAGCUCUUUAUGGCUAGCACGCCCUAGAGAUUGACAAUUCUCCCUAGCUAAUUGCUCCAGGGAUUUUCCAAUGCAAUAAAAGAUUAAGCUAUUUAUCCUCCAGGGAUACUCAGAAAAUGAUGACCUAACAUCAUUGGAACUGUUCUUUGACAGCCUUAUUUUACUUCUAAUUUGUCAAACCUGAAGUUCGGCAUCUUAUGGAAAUGACUCCAUUGAGAAUUACCAUGCUGAGUAGCAUCUUGAGGGUAGUUAGGGAUAGUAACCUUACAUAUGUAACCAACGCUUGUCCUCCUAGCUAUGGAUGGGACAAAAUUGACAAACCUCAUGAUCUGUCACUGAUCUGACAUGUUACAGUGUGCUAACAGGCACCUAAAUCAACCUUUUGGCUGUUCUCAAAAUCAGUGGUUCUUCUAGGAAUUCAUAAAGGUAUCAUUGUUAAAACAUUUCUGUCGACAUGCAUAUUUUUAGACUCUUUACAAGUCUGUCUAAGAGUAAUUUGAAACAGUUAUAUUUAGAUCUAUAA